AUGUACGACUCCCAACCGACCACGGGUGCUGGGACGCCACUGAGCGACGGCGACAAGCGCGUUGGAACGCCGCUCGAUGAAGAACUCCUUUCAGAGCCACCGGCUUCAAAUAACCCGACAAAACAAAUGGAUGCAAACACGCAAUCAUCACCUUCGCCUCCCCCAGAUGGUGGCCUGACAGCAUGGCUUCAGGUAGUCGCUGGACACCUCGUCGUCUUCAAUGCCUUUGGAUACAUCAUCAGCUUUGGCAUCUUCCAACCUCACUACGAACGAGUGCUCUCUAUGCCGCCAUCAGCUAUAUCUUGGAUCGGCAGCAUUCAGAUAUGCCUAGUCUAUUUUGUUGGAGUCUUUUCAGGCCGGGCAUUUGAUGCAGGCCAUUAUAAAAUUGUGCUCCUUGCUGGAUGCCUUUUACAGAUUAUUGGUAUCUUCAUGACAAGCAUCGCGUCGCAGUAUUGGCAGCUGUUUCUGGCCCAGGGGCUCUGUCAAGGCCUGGGAUGUGGUCUUGCUUUUGCUCCGAUGGUUGCAAACCUCUCGACGUAUUUCGCAAAGAACCGCACAAUGGCGCUGUCUUCGGCGGCUUGUGGUGGCGCGACUGGUGGCAUGGUAUUCCCUUUGAUAGCGCAGCAGCUGCUUCCACGCAUUGGAUUCGCCUGGACGGUACGUGUCAUGGGCUUGGUUGUACUGGUCGCAUCUGCCAUUAUCAUGGCUCUGGUGCGGACGAGAUUACCGCCGCGGAAGGCCGGCCCGCUCGUCGAUGUAACUGCAUUCAAAGAUCCGACUUAUGUCCUCUUUGCAAUGAGCAUGUUCUUUACGCUCUGGGCAACAUACUUUGCCUAUUUUUAUGCUCGAGUAUAUGCUUUAGUGCGCCUCGAUGGUUCACAGUCGACGUCCUUCACCAUGCUUCUAGUCAUAAAUGCGGUUGGUAUUCCCGGUCGCCUCGUUCCUGCCUAUUUAGCGGACAAAUACAUUGGCGCUGUCAAUACAUUUAUCCCCGUCGUGCUUUGCGCUGCCAUCUGUCAAUUCGCCUGGAUAGGUGUAAACAACAUUGGCGGUGACUUUGCUUGGGUUGCGAUAUAUGGGUUUUUCGGUGCGGCUAUUCAAGGCAUGUUUCCUGCUACCUCGGCCGCUCUGUCGAAGGAUCUCAGCAAAAGCGGCACGCGUAUAGGCAUGAUGUUUACCAUUGUGAGCAUCGCUGCACUUACUGGGCCGCCUGUGGCGGGUAAACUGAUAGAGGUAUGCAACGGCAGCUUCUUGGCCGCCGAAAUUUGGGGAGGAUCGUGUCUCGUGUUGGGGUGUGCACUAUUAAUUGGUGCCAGUAGAGCGAGCAUGCUAGAGGAUAAAGCGCGCGUCGAAAAGUGA